AUGGAAUGUGCCCAACGAAAUCGCUCCCGUAGUCCUCUAUUGCACCAGCAUGUCCUGACGUUAUCUCCACCUCCACGCCAUGAUCGGAGGAGCUCUGAAUGGCCUGGGCCUUGUGGCGACUCAAACGACAGUGCCCCUGCCGGCGAAUCAAUACCCUCGCCAACGAUCUUGGGGCCAACAGUUGGGGGAAGCUCUUCAUUCAUUCGCGAUCGCUAUGGCGAGUACAUUCACGUUGGGCAAUCCUCUAAUUUGUGGUUUGUGCAAGCUCUCCGGGAUUCAAUACGGGGUGCCUUGGCGUCAUGUUCCUUUGCGAAUGACCCCAGCGAAUGUGAUUUGGUUGAUGAUGACCCAUACCAACCUGUGGAUUGGAUAAGGGACAACGUAAUUCCUCAGCCACCCAGUGAAGAAGACGCUCGGUAUUGUAUUCGAUGGUAUGCAACUGCCACAAAUUGCGUCUUCGAUCUUUAUUCUCGUGAGAAACUUAUCGAAGAUAUCAUCCCGUGGCUUUCAGCUCCGAACUCCUCCGACAGCAGAAGCUGCAUAAACUAUCUCGUCCUCGCUAUUGGAGCACAGUGUGGUCCUCAGGAUCUGGAGGAAAAAUCUAAUUCCUAUUUUACACAUGGCCGGCAUCUGGCGAUGUCGUAUUUCUUUGAGACACCCAGCAUUACCACCGUGCAGAUAUACUCUUUACUCGCCAUGUAUCUUCUGAACUCGUCUCGCCGAAAUGCUGCCAGUAUGCAUCUCGGUGUUGCCGUUCGCACUGCCUAUGCACUAGGCAUUCACCGAUCUGAUAUUGCUGCCCGAUUCUCCGCAGAAGAGGAAUCUUUUCGAGAGCGAGUAUGGAGAGUUCUGCGGGUACUCGAUCUGUUUUUAAGCACUACUUUAGGUCACGGUCCUUCCACCUCCGAGACUCGAGAUACCGGAUCGCAAAGAGGGUAUUCGGCAUCGAAUGACCUUUGCUACAUCUUUGAAAGGAUUCUUUGUGAGGUCUAUGACAAGCAAGAGCUACCAUCUAGCGCCUUACAACGCGUGAGCAAGCAUCAUCGAGAGUGGGCAACUCGAUUCCACAACGGCCUUCACGUCGAUCAUAUUUCUGCUGAUGAAUACAUUGACGCUGAAUCUGGCCAAAAAGCGCCCAAUAUCGGCCUUUAUCAUCUCAAAGCGGCAUACUACUGGACAGUUAUGCUUGUCUCGCUGCCAUACAUGUUGGAACUGAUCAAGAGUCGCAUCUCCAUAUUCAAUAAACCAUUUUCACCAACUUCCGCGAACCUGUGGUUCGAGGCAUUGCCUCAACAUGACACAAUGCUAGCGCGCGCCGCGGUAAAUUCCGCCGUCUUGACAAUCGAUCUCCUGAGGGGCUUAUUACAUGCGAAGGAAAUUCCUAAGAGACUUCCUUACAUUGUCAACGAGAUCUUCACCUCAUCAUUACUGCUUGGAGCAAGCUUUUUUGCAGAUCUGGAUUUUGUGUUUCCUGUGAAGGAGGCACUUCUCACAGCUGAAAAAUUACUGAAUCGCUUUGUGCAACAUGACUCACUGGCAAGGCGAGAACUUUCUAUCGUUCAGAGUCUUCACAGUGCAUGCAAUGAUUUUGUGAAGCAGCGACAGGACCGCUGGUUGGAGCACCAAAGAAUCCUGGUUCAAGGAUUGUUUGGUGAUAUCAAGACUUGCAAGCAGAAUCGUCGAACCUCUGAAUCUUCGCGUUCUCCAGUGCACACUCUUUAUUUACGGGAAACGGGUCUGGGCACGCGACAUGUACAUGACAACUUUGUGGACUCGGAACCGAUACAACCUCCGGCGGACUCUCAAUAUGAAAUAAAUUCCAUGUGGGAUGAUCUAUUUGGAGACGAUGCCCCGGCUCAGAUUUAUGGAUUGGAAACACAACAAGCCGAGACAGGAGAUCAGCCAAUGGAGCUUUCGUCACUGCUUCCAUUUAAUUCUCCCGAUGUCUCCGAAGGUCUGUCGUCGGGGGCUGUCCUGUGA